AUGGCUGACCACAAUCAGCCUAGGCCCAGGUUACGAUCCACAGAAACAUCAAGGAGUCACCCACUAGCGACUACUCCCUCUCACCCUUCACUCACUCGUCGCACAUCGACAGGGGGCGGUUCAGGAGGGGCCCAGCUCACUCCCUCCAUAUUGUUACCCUCAGGUCAAGAUCUCUCCCCUUCUACCCAUGACUUCCAUCCUUCAACGUAUCAUAGACCACAUGCAAAUACUAUCUCCACGGCUCGACCUUCCCGCCGUUCAGGAAAUGGACUGAGUGAGGCCCAACUACUCGGCGUAGAGUCAAGCAGGCGUAGUGGUCAUUGGUCCAAUCUCACUUCGCCUAAUCUGCAUCAUCACCCUAUAGUAGAAAAUCAGCAGAUCAGUCGGUUCAGAUCACCCAAAAGAGGUGACUCAUCCAGCUCCAGGCUGUUCGGUCAUCUGGAUAGUCUCAGUAAAGAGGAAUUGGCCGUCGUGGAGACUAGAUUUGACCUCAUGACAGAUGAUGAGCUAAGGCAGUAUAUCAGACAAACCCCUUCAUCAAAUCCAACGCCACUGGAAUCUUCCACUAGCGAGUCACUGGAUUCAUCAAGAGAUGACACCGCUCCUCCACGACCCGUUCCUGCCGACCACCCACCUCUGUUUCCGCCUUCACCUCCCGCUAGCGAUCCCGUUUCUGUGCCCACUGAUCACCCGCUCAAAGUGCUCAGCAAAGCAAUAGCAGAGCUGCGAGAAGUAAUUGAGAGGCUAGAAGAUGAGAAUAUCAAGCUGAAAAAGGAGAAUGCAGAGAAGAGCAAACCGAAGACUAGACGUAAAUCUGCAGAUCAGAUAUCAAUUCAUGACGGUCUCACCGAGGCAAUAUCCACCUCUCUCACUUCCAACUCCCCUAUCAGCGAAAUUCCGUCCAACCCCUUGGUGAUUUCAAGUGACGUUGCCUCUGUCCGGUCUAUCUCCCCAAGUCCAUCAAACAGGAAAAUCAGAAGACCCCCUUCCAUCGCUUCUUCCUUGUCAGCACCCUUCCCAUCAUCUCCCAUCACCCCUACCAUCCCUUCCACUCGUUCUUCCGGCUCUCCUAGCGGUACCAACACACCUGGAGGAGCUCAAGCAAAGAAGAACAAUCGGUCGACUUGGACAUCUGGAUUGUGGGCCUGGAGUGGGGCUAAGAAGACUAUAUCCAGUGAUCCGGUCAAGGAACAGGGGAAUGCCCCUAUACCAACGGAGGAUAUAUCUACAACUAUUCAUGAGUCCGCUAUAAUAGACGAAGAUGACCCCGACGCUUGGCGGAAGGGCGAUGGAGGCAGUAGUCCAGCUUUCAAGGCGAUAUUCCUAGCCACAAGAAUCAUCACUCCCGACCCAUCGUCCAUCCUGCUCUCUUCUGAGAUCCCGUCAAACUCGCUUAUAGCCUACCUGGCUCACUCGUUGAUUAGCAAUGCACGAGAUGACGGUAUCGUAGCUCGAGAUGCUGUAACGGAUAGACGACGAUCCAGGGACUUUUCGCGAAGUCGUGCGACAUCCAUUGGCAGUCAGUACCCUGCAGUAGAUCCAGACAAGACUAGAGAAGGCAAAGGUGCUGGGUAUGGGGAUCAAGCUCUCGCUGCGACUGCAUCCUUGGGUCGAACACUGAUAUCUUCGGUGUCCAACGCCACAAUCAGAGGUACAAGAGCCAUAAGCAGUAUAACCGACGAAUCUAGACCAUCCCUCCUUCAGCGUACAUCCUCUUCACGCGCUUUCCCUACCACCGCAAUAUCUGCGCCUUCUGCCGUGGGUCAAUCGGGAUCAUCGGCAACCUCACCCACGGAGGAAAGACCCCUUCCUUCGGUAGAAUUAUCAUCUAUAGUGCCCGAUGAUAUUCGUCCUCCGACUGUAACCCUAUCAAGGCAGAAUCUAGGCUCGUUCUUCCAAAAUACAAAGACGAAAAUAGCCACUGCGAGUCGAUUUGAGAGUGAAGACGAGCCUUUGACAGAUAGAUACGGGUUUAUAUACGAUAUUCAGCACGCCAAAAUGCUUAAAGACGCUUCUGCGGCCGGUACCUCCGCUCCAAUGUCGUUGAACGGUACGCUAGCACCUGCAGCGGACAACGAGAACGAAGGGUGGAUAGCGAAAAGACGACGUAACUCCCACGGAAGUCAGAAAUCAUCGCAAACCCAGAGAGAACGCAAAUCCACUGAGAUUGCCGACUCUACCUCUAUACCUUCACCUAGAAGAUCUACCGAUUCAGCCCGCCUGAAAACACCCGAAAGUGGCUCACCGCCUAAAUCUCGUUCUUCAUCUCAUGUUGAUACCCAUCGACACAGAUCUUCCACUCUACUCAGUCUCAACCCGUCUCCUGCUAAGCCAGUCACGGCGAAAGAUCAUCUCACAGUAUCCUCUAGAGGAGCAUCAUCACUCCAACCUGCCAUUACACCUACCUCGACCACCUCACCGCCAUUAUCGGCUUCUCUUACUCACUCAUCCCCAAUAGUCGAUUCUUCCCUCAGCGCUAGUGCUAGUCGGUUGACCGUAUCAAGCUUGUUAGAGCAGUUGACAGAAACACACGAUAGACAGCAGCAAGAGCGAUUGAAAGAAUGGGAUGCUUUCCUGAGACGAAGGGCAAGACAUAUACAUGAUACGUUAUCUGGUAGUAAUCAUAAAUCGGAUGAUCUCAGAUGGGGUUCAGGGCUGAUCGGAAUAAACCAAAUGGGCAUGAGUGGAAAAGGAGGUCAGGAAGAUUGGAAGGUUUUCACGAGAUUGGUCAGAAAGGGUAUACCAUUGAAAUAUAGGAGCGACGUUUGGGCUGAGUGCUCUGGCGCGAAAGACCUGAUGGUCCCAGGCGAAUACGCCGAGAUACUCGCAGUACACAAAGAUGACCUGUCACCUGUCCACGCGGAUAUAGAAAAAGAUGUGUCGCGUACUUUCCCCGGUAAUGUGUUUUUUGGAGGCGAUGGGCCUGGCGUGGCUAAGCUGCGAAGGGUCCUGACGGCGUAUAGCUGGCACAAUCCAGCUGUAGGGUACUGCCAAGGAAUGAAUAUGCUCGCUGCUACCCUGCUCCUCACGCACACCGAUGAAGAACAAGCUUAUUGGGUCCUCACAUCCCUUAUUGACCGACUUCUACCCUCACAAUUCUACUCCGCUUCGUUGUUAGCAUCCCGUGCUGACCAAGUCGUACUCAAUGACCUCGUCGCUCAACUCGUACCGAAGAUACAUAAUCACUUGGAAGAGCUAGGAGUGGACUUAGCCAGUGUCACUUUUGGAUGGUGGUUGAGCUUGUUCACGGAUUGUCUGCCCGUCGAAACGCUCUUCAGGGUUUGGGAUGUUACAUUCGUCGAGGGACAUGAUACCCUAUUUCGAGUGGCUAUAGCUAUUCUAAAACUCAACGAAGCGGAAAUCGGCGCUACAGAAUCUGUCUCCGAUCUAUUCUCGUUCAUCUCCAACAUGACAUCUAGAUUAUGGAAUGCGGAUAAGCUAAUUGCGCUCCAACACUCCUACAAACCCAUCAUAAGACAUAUAGAUAUUGUGGCUCGCUGUGAAAAGGCUGUGGCUCAACUGCAAAAGGAGAUGGGUGAUGAGUAG